GGCACAGAUCAGACGCUUUGUUAGUGAGGGAGAGACGGAUAGCACUGUGAAAUAGAGAGUUCCCCUCUUUUGCGACAUUUGUUUUAUUUUGUUUGUUCGUAGGAUUGCUGUGCUUCACACGUAGAAUACAUGCUUUAUCAACUUCAAAGGCCAAUAGGAAGUUUCGAACUGCUCAUAAGGCAUAAAAAGUUAGGCAGCUACAGUUAUCUCGGCUGACAUCCGUUGUAAAUUGAUCUGAAGUCUCGUCGAUUUAGCGUUAAAUGUGGAGAAGACACGUAAUGAAUGAUUUUCGAGAGGAAGAUGAAAUGAAGAGAUGCGAGUUUAGUAGUUUGACCAGCAGUGUGUGUGUAACUGUAUUCACUGACACCGUUUUAAACGCAGCCCGCAUAAUAACCGGCAUCUUAAUGUAAAGCGUCAAUUUUAACUGCUGUUUCCUAACUUGACGUCGUGUAUUGAUUGUGUACGUUAGGCUAGCCAAAAGACCGUACAAAUUCAUCUGGAUGCUGGACAUUUUAAUCAGUGACCGACUUGAAGCGAAGUCUUGAGUUAGUUUUAAGGUGUAGAGCCGGAUGAACUCUAAAAUGUCCUUAAGUAAAACUAGCUGAGUGUUUUUAUGCUAAUAACUAGUAAGUUUUAUUCGUCGAGGAGGAAAUAUUUCCCCUUUUUACGUCCAUUCCUUUAACGUUAGCUCGAUGGCCAAGUAACGAAAACAAACUGCCUCCGAUGUGAAGCUAGAAACACUUCGGCCUUUCUUAAAGGAUCUCACAACCCAAAUUUAUUUGCCAAGUAAAGUUUAUUUAGCUAACAAACAACCCACUCAGAGCACAUAUUUAGUUUUAGAUCGAGAAAUCCUCUCACACGGCUGUGGUUUCGCUAGCCAGUGCGCUAGCAUCCGCCUCAGCUCUCGGAAAUGUCGAAUAUCUCCAACGAAGCUGUGAUCUUGAUUAAAGAUGUAAAACCCGGAUCGAAAAACCUUAAUAUCGUCUUUAUAGUUUUGGAGAUCGGUCGGGUGACGAAGACAAAGGACGGGCACGAGGUGCGCUCGUGUAGAGUGGCGGAUAAGAGCGGCAGCAUCGCCAUCUCUGUGUGGGAUGAGCUGGGCAGCCUCAUCCAGCCCGGGGACAUCAUCCGCCUCACGAGAGGGUAUGCUUCAAUGUGGAAAGGGUGCCUUACACUGUAUACUGGACGAGGAGGAGACUUACAGAAAAUAGGAGAAUUCUGUAUGGUGUAUUCUGAGGUUCCAAAUUUCAGUGAGCCUAACCCUGAGCUGCUAGCACAAGCUAACCAACAGAACAAGACGGGUAAAGAACAACGUGGAAAUUCUCCACCAAAUCAAAAUGCAGGUACUCCUGCGCAGACAGGUAAUGGAACUGUGCCAGUGUUUUCCAAUAACAAUGCUGCACCUGUGGCACGGGAUCCCAACUUUGGGGCUUCAGGAAGACCAAAUGGGCGCUCUCCAGGCAACGGACCACCCCCAGUGACCGCAGGGGCACCCCCUGCUCCACCCAAACCCUCAGUCACCAUUAGCAAUGGCAGGGACCCAAGAAGGGCUUCAAAGAGAUGAGACUUCAAAACCACUUAUAUGUCCCCACUUCUUUCUAAAAUUCCCCCACAGACCAUACCUUACAGAACACAAAACAAUACUGCCAAAAGAUACGAGGUUUAAUGCUACAGUUUUGCCACAUGUGCUUUUGUUAUUUAUAUAGUAUGGUUAUUUGUUUCACACAAGUUUAGAGUUCAACUUGUUUCAGUUAAGGUUUGGCUUUUUUUUUUUUUGCCAUUUUAAGUGCCGAUACGGUGGCCCACAACUUCUUCCUCUUCCCUAAAUGUGUUAAACUAUACACCCUACUUGAACACUCGAUGCACUUUCUUCUCUUAAUUUAUCAUGAAUGCAUUGCCAUGCAAUUCAGGAAUGAUUAACUGCUGUUGGAAACUUGGGAAUGAACUUCAAAGUGAUUGAUGACUACAUGGGCUCUUCCCUUUACUCCUUGGCCAAAAACAAAUUACCAGAAGUGACCGUGUGAAAAGAGAGGUGAUGGUUUGAUAGAACUAUUAGAAUUAUUUAAUUAGGAAUAAAUCAAGAACAAAAUAUUGGGAAACUGAUCCCUGUGGUGGUUGCAGAUUUACUUGACCAUUUCAGUGCCAUCUACAAUGACUACGACCUGAUUUCUAUAUAGUGCAAUGGGACUACACUAAAAUAUUCUGCAUACUCUUAUACUGGAACACCACCAUGUAUGAUUUGUAACCUAGAUGUUUAUUUGCUUAUCUAUGAAAUAGAUUUAUUGGGAAGACUUGACCAUGCCGUUAUAGAUGUAUUUCUUUUGGUCCAGUAGUUCAACUCCUGCAUCUAGCCAAAGUGUUGUUUUUCUUGCUUUCCAGUUCACAUGAGAGCCUGUUUUGUUUGUAAAUAUUUGCACAUUUUAUAGUCUGUCACCCCACUUUGUGUUCACACUUGAAAAUGAUAUGCAGAUGAAAUAUAGUUUGUCAAGACAAGUUCAGGUUUAAAAAAAAUAUAAUUAAAUGUGUAUUGAAAAAUGUCCCACCUGACGAUGACCGUUAAAGGCUGAAGAAACCUAACUAGUUCUACCCACACAGGUGAUCUGAAGAUGUUGUGGUCUUAAUAAGAUCCUUUUCGUUUAGCACUUGAACAAACAUGGAUCAUUAUACCAGGUAAAGUAUGUUACUGGGGGUUGCAAUUAAUUAUCCAAAAACAGUUGAAUACCAUGCAUAUUUAUUGUGCUAUACAAUUAUUUGAGUUCAUAUUUUAAGAUCUUUGCUUUUUAUUUAGAUUUUUUUGCCCAGUUCAUGUAUUUGCGAUUAGUUUGCAUACAGUAGCUGCAAAUUAUAUUAAACCAGUUAGCCUGGGAAAAUGUCAGGAAAAAGUAUUUUUCUAGUUGCACUUCUAUGAUGAAUGUUUUCAUAAUGUUUGUGCACAUGAAACAGUGUUUACCCUUGAAGAAGAUUCA